UCUUUGUCUUUCAUACCGAGCAGAAGCCAAUCGUGUUAUUCCGAAAAACAUUUUACUAAAAAAGUGAAACUUUUCAUUGAUAUACUGCAACUUUGAAUCUGGUUUAUUCAGAUUACAAGAACACUAACUUUAGAAAAAAUGCCAAGCGUAAAAGAUUUAGAAAUUAGUAAAAAUGUUACAUCUGAAUCGAUCACUACGGAUGGCGUAGGAAGUGAGGGUUUAAAUUCUGCAAAGGAAAAUUUGAAUGCUCAACUUGUGAAUAGCAACAUAGCUAAUAAUGGCAACGCCAAGGAAGCACCGGCAAAUCCAUUACAACAGAUUGUACUAAUAAUCGAGCAUAAGAUACGGAAUUUGGAAAAACGGAAGAACAAACUAGAAUCGUACCGAGUAAUUGAAAAAUCGGGAAAAAGGCUUACGCCGGACCAGAAAACGGCAGUUUCCAAGUAUGACGAGUGCAUAGCCUCCCUGGAGCUGACCCGGGACUUCUGCAAACAAUUUCAAUCAAUAGUGACUGCCGCAAAUAAGGAGGCGAAAAAAGAAGCUAAACGCAGUGCAUUCCUUCGGGCUCAGCAAGAAAACAUCAAGGUUCGCGAGGUGUUAGCCAUUCAGGAUGUGUUGGCACGUGUUCUGAAGACGGACGCUAGGGAGGAUUUCCUGGGAGGUUUGAAUGGAGCCAUUCAAGUUUCCUUCGAAGAUAUGCUUUUGCUUGAGAAACUGUAUGAUGAAAUCGUCCCAAAGCGCCCUGACUUGAGCUCGGAACCCGCAUUUGCUGCCGCUCUGAAACAGGCCGCUGAUCAUUUGUGUUCAACGAUCGAUGGCCGAAACAAACCGUUCGAAAGUUCAACGUACAUCUAUGUGAGAGAUUUGAUCAACAAUAUUCAAGCAUGUGGUUAUUUUGAAAAAGAUAUGGUAAUCGUAGAAGAAACGGUUGAUGAACUAUCUAACGAGAAAGCGUCUGUCGAUGCGAUAGACGUUGAAUCCGUAGAUGAUGCAACUGAAAAUGAUAUUGCGAUUGCAAAUCCACCGCAAGACAUAAAGACUAACAAUGCUGCUGAAAAAUUAGGACAAGAUGGAAAGGUGACAACCAUUAUUGACUCUGCGAUUAUUGUGGAAGCACCAGCAGCUACUGCUGUUCCAACACCUGCUUUCCCUGGUCAACCGAAUGUAAUGCAAACCCCAAAGCCCAUAAAUGCCAACAUUGCUCCAAUCCCGACGCAACCAGUUCAAUUGCAAUCGAAUCUUAAUGUUGAUCCCUCUGCAGCGGCUGUCAACAUCCAGCCAAACGCUGUCAUUAUUCCGAAUGCAACAAACCUUCCCGUGGUGCAGCCUAUCAUUACACCGAUUCCUGCUACGGUUCAUCCUCAGCUAAGUGGUACAACCGUUCAAGCUGUAGAGCAUGCCUAUUUCAAACAACACUACAUUCAGCAACAGCAGCAGCAGCAACAACAGCCACAACAACAGCAGCAACAUCAACAACAUUUACAACAACAACAACACCUUCAACAACAACAUCAGCACCAACAGCAGCAGCAGCAACAACAACAACAACAACAAAAAAUGAGGCCAACAAUACAUGAGGUUAUAGGGACAGGAAACUUUUUCUUCCUGCAAGAAUCUGAACUGGAUAAGCCUGAUGUUAUCCCUGGUAACACGAAUGUUGAAAGCACACCGCAAGCUAUGCCGCCGACUGAACAACAUCAGCUACAUCCAUUGCCUUUACCAAUGAAUGUAAACUUACAGCAGAAAACCGUAAUCGGUACACAAUCACCAGCACAGAUUGGUCAGUCAUUCCAAAAUAUUAAUCCUAUGAAUUGCUUUACUCCAAAUUUGCAUUCCGGUGAACAGAGGGGCAGCGCUCCUCAGCAUACACAAUUGAAAAGCAAUGAUUCCGAUCAAGUUCCUGGAUUCCCUCAGGUUAGCGCACCAAUUAUGAACACGCAUGUUACGCCAAAUGUAUUACCGAUGCAUUCGCUUCAGCAAUUAGAGCAAACAACCAACCAACGAUCAGCUAAUCAAAAAUCUCAAAACAAUGAAAAUCAACUAGGAACAGUACUUAACAAUACAUUUAAAUCAAACAUGCAACAGUUUACUUCCGAUUCUUCCGGAAUAAACGACAAUUCAAUCCAAUCCAACGUAGCGCAAAGGAUUUCUUCUCUGUUAGUCGAUCCAACUAGUGAUAAACAGAAUGCUGAUUUAAACUCUCAUUCUACUGGACCGGCUGCACAACAGUUACAAAAACCGCAGAACGAGUGGAAUUCUGGAAUGAGCUAUACCAAUACUUUGAAUAAAUCUGAUGAGCAAUGGUCGAACCAUUCUGUAUUGGCUAAAAACAGUAUUGAAGAUGAUAAAAAUCAUUACAAUCUAUCGCGACCUGUUAAUCAAACAACUGCGGUGAAAGCGAAAGAAACGAUUCCUCAAAAUUCAACAACGGCAUCGAACAGAAAUGAUUCCAGUUUUGGAGUGACCGGACUCAUCCAAGAACAAACUACGCAUGCAAGUUCAACUAUUCAGCCAAUGUCGCACGGAGGACUACGAAAUCAUCGCGGUAACUCGAACGUACAAUAUCAGCAAAAUAAUUCUUCUAAUGCUCGUUUUUCGAAUGAUGAUGUUAUGAACAAUCCAGCCCCAACGUUUUUCAAAAACAAUGAAAGAUAUUAUCAACAAAACCAGAACUCAAACUUUUCUGGAAGCAAAACAGAUUCUCCAUAUCAUCAACGUAAUACCAUGUUUAAAAACCGAUCGGACGGUAUUGGCAACGCUUCAUCCCGCAGCGGUUAUUCCGUAUCGGGAAGCGGUGUUGGAUCUGUAGGAUCAAAUAACAACUCCAAUCACGGAGGAUCAGCAGAUUAUCGAUCAAACGCACGACCUGUAAACAGCACGAGGAACACUGGUCCGCCAUCGGCAAGACCGCAACAACAACGUACGCAUUCUGGAAAUGGAAAUUUUGCAAGCUCAAGAGCUGCUCCUCAUGCCAGAGGCCAAUCAUCAAUUAACGCGUAAAACUACGACAGUGUAUCUCCAAUUAAACUUAUUUUACACCUUAGUGAUAACAAAGCUCCAGAAUACAGUGACGACACUUUAUGAGUCUUAUAAAACUGAAGAAAACAACAGAUAAAACUGUAUCCAUUAUUUAAUAUUGAGAAACGAAACUAUGAUUAAAAGAUUCUGAUUGUGUUCUUAGCAACGAAUAACUUA